AUGCUAUCAUUCUGUCCCCUCUGUAAUAAUAUGCUACUGAUAGCGAGUUCAGAUAGUGGGAUAUAUACUUUGACGUGUAAAUCUUGUCCCUAUGAGUUCCCCAUAGAGGGCAUCGAGGUCUACGAUAGAAAGAAAUUGCCAAGGAAAGAAGUCGAUGAUGUGCUCGGUGGUGGAUGGGAUAAUGUCGAUCAAACAAAGGUUCAAUGUCCUAAUUAUGACAAGUGCGCUGGUGAAAGUGCCUAUUUCUUCCAGUUGCAAAUCAGAUCUGCUGAUGAGCCGAUGACGACUUUUUUCAAAUGUGUCAACUGUGGAAAUCGUUGGAAGGAAAAUUAA